AUGCUUGUCUUUUUCAAGUCAACGCUCGUCUUUGGCCAGUCUCUUCUGGGUCUGACCCUUCUGCGAGCCUCAUGCUUGAGUUCAUCCAGCCCUCGUCAAGAGAAUGCUGGGGAUCGUGGGACGUCUCCCAGCUUCGUAAGAGCCGUAAGGCACUGUGGUCCUUACAAGUAUGCCAAUUGCCGACGGAGACAGCAGCCUACCAUCUAUGGCCAAACUUUGAGGUAUGGUGACCUCAUUCCCCAAGCUACUUCCACCAAGUUGCGACCCUCUCCCGAGGUACUAGGUAUUGGUUGUACUUGGAAAGAUUCACACUAUCCACACGGAGGUCAAGCCGAUGAAAGUUGCUGCGCCGUGAUGCUGACAGGAGCGAAUUCCGUGUCCUGGCAUAGCGCUGAAGUAACGGAGGUAGCGUGCAGGAUUUAUGCCACUGCGAAGAAGGGCUGGAAACGGCGUGAAGAAGAGGUUGAUGACAAUGAAGGACAUGGACCAAGCGCCAAGCGCGUCAUUGAACCGAACAACGACAGAGGCCGAGUGGAGUGUCGUGGGAUUCCAAGCGACAACAUGCCUGCGAAACGACGCGCGCUGCCAACCAAGGCGCGUGCACCUGUGAAGCGGGCCUCGAAGCUUGCGAAAGAGAAUGGAUUGACUGCAGAACAAGAAGCUGAGAUUCGUGAGGCGUUUGGUUUGUUUGCUGUAAAGCAUCCAGAGCACGAGGCGUCAGAGGAGGGUGUAUUACGCAGAGAUGACGUUCGGCGAUGUCUCAUCUCUUUGAAUCUCGCACCCGACAGGUCAGAAGUACCUGGAAUCCUUUCGACCAUCGAUCCGCUGAACACUGGCUUUGUGGAGUUUGUUCCAUUCUUUGCGUAUACGGCAAUAGCGAUGCAUUCCAAGGAAGAGGGAUCAGAAGAGGAAGAGGACGACGAAGAAUACAAAGGUGGCAUCACAGACGAGAGUCACGCAGAUGAGGUCAACUCUGCCUACAAGCUGUUCACCCACGGUGGCUCGGGACCCAUCACAUUAGCGCAUCUACGGAGAGUGGCCAAAGAACUGAGAGAGGACGUCUCAGACGACAUCUUGAAGGACAUGAUACUCGAAGCGAACGGUGGUGUCAAGGGCAAAAACCGAGAUGUUGGUGGCGUCAGCCUGGAGGAAUUUGAGAGCGUUAUAAAGCGAGCUGGACUAUCAUUUGGCUGA